CCAGAGACAGUGAGAGAAGGACCUGGGGAGCACAGUACUCCGCAGAGAAGGAUGCCACAGCUGAGCCUGUCCUGGCUGGGCCUGGGGCUGGCAGUAGCCUCCCUGUGGCUGUUCCUACCCCUGGCUGGGGCCUCUUGCCUCCUGGCUCACAUCCUGGUCCAGGGUUACACUGCCUAUGAAACCUCCCAACGCCUUCGCUGUUUCCCUCAGCCUCCCAAACGAAACUGGCUCUUGGGUCACCUGGGCCUGAUCCAGGCCUCGGAAGAAGGGCUCCUGUACAUCCAGAGCCUGGUGCGAACCUUCAGGGAUGUAUGCUGCUGGUGGGUGGGGCCGUGGCAACCUGUCGUCCGCAUAUUCCACCCUGCCUUCAUCAAGCCUGUGCUCUUGGCUUCAGCUUCAGUUGCUCCCAAGGACGCCGUCUUCUACAGCUUCCUGAAGCCCUGGCUGGGAGAUGGUCUCUUGAUGAGCACUGGUGACAAGUGGAGCCGCCACCGUCGCGUGCUGACACCCGCCUUCCAUUUCAACAUCCUGAAGCCGUACGUAAAGAUUUUCAAGGACAGCACCAACAUCAUGCACGCCAAGUGGCAGUGCCUAGCCUCCAAGGGAAGUGCCCGUCUGGACAUGUUUGAACACAUCAGCCUCAUGACCCUGGACAGUCUGCAGAAGUGUGUCUUCAGCUUCAACAGCAAUUGCCAGGAGAAGCCUAGUGAAUACAUCGCUGCCAUCUUGGAACUUAGUGCCUUAGUGGCCAGAAGGCACCAGAAGCUGCAUCUGCAUGUGGACCUGCUCUAUUACUUCACCCGGGAUGGGAUGCGCUUCCGGAAGGCCUGCCGCCUGGUGCAUGACUUCACCAAUGCUGUCAUCCAGGAGAGGCGUCGCACCCUUCCUGAUCAGGGUGAAGAUGAUGUCCUCAAGGCCAAGGCCAAGGCCAAGACUUUAGACUUCAUUGAUGUGCUGUUGUUAAGUAAGGAUGAACAUGGAAAGGCACUGUCUGAUGAGGACAUCCGAGCAGAGGCCGAUACCUUCAUGUUUGGAGGCCAUGAUACCACGGCUAGUGGGCUCUCCUGGGUCCUGUACAACUUGGCAAGGCACCCAGAAUACCAGGAGCGAUGCCGGCAGGAGGUGCGGGAGCUCCUGAGGGACCGUGAACCUGAGGAGAUUGAAUGGGACGACCUGGCGCAGCUGCCCUUCCUCACCAUGUGCAUCAAGGAGAGUCUGCGGUCGCAUCCCCCGGUCACUGCUAUCUCCCGCUGCUGCACUCAGGACAUUGUGCUCCCAGAUGGUCGGGUCAUCCCCAAAGGUGUCAUCUGCAGAAUAAGUAUUUUUGGGACCCAUCACAAUCCAGCUGUGUGGCCUGACCCCGAGGUCUAUAACCCCUUCCGAUUUGAUGCAGACAGCUCCAAGGGUAGGCCAUCCCUGGCUUUUAUUCCCUUCUCCGCAGGGCCCAGGAACUGCAUCGGUCAGACUUUUGCCUUGAGCGAGAUAAAGGUGGCGCUGGCGCUGACCCUGCUGCGCUUCCGCGUCCUGCCGGACGAUAAGGAGCCACGCAGGCAGCCAGAGUUGAUCCUGCGUGCAGAGGGCGGGCUAUGGCUCCGGGUGGAGCCGCUGAGCACGUAGUGACCCCACACCUGGCCUCGGACCACCCCCAUCC